GACAACAUGAAGUUUGCUUUACCCAACCCCGGGCUCGAGGACAGGAUCCCCUCGUACGAGAACCUGGAGACGGAGGUGGGAGACCGGCCCAAAUGGGACAACAAGGCCCAGUACCUGCUCACCUGUGUGGGGUUCUGCGUCGGGCUGGGGAACGUCUGGAGGUUCCCGUAUUUAUGCCAGAGCCACGGAGGAGGGGCUUUCAUGAUCCCUUUCCUGAUUCUACUCGUUCUGGAGGGUAUCCCGUUACUGCACUUAGAAUUUGCAAUUGGCCAACGCCUCCGAAAGGGAAGCCUGAGCGUCUGGGGUAGUAUUAACCCCUACCUGACCGGCGUGGGAAUCGCAUCCAUGGUUGUGUCGUUCUUAGUGGGAAUGUACUACAACACGAUCAUCGCCUGGGUGUUAUGGUAUUUCUUCAACUCUUUCCAGAGCCCCCUGCCCUGGAGCCAAUGUCCACUCACGGAAAAUAAAACAGAUCUAGUUUCGGAGUGCGCCCGCAGCAGCUCCGUUGACUAUUUCUGGUACAGACAAACGCUGAACAUUUCCACGUCGAUCGAGGAGUCGGGCGGGCUGCAGUGGUCCAUGGUGCUGUGUUUGGUCGCCGCUUGGUCCGUUUUGUACGUCUGCUGCAUCAGGGGCAUUGAGACGACGGGGAAGGCUGUGUACGUCACGUCCACGCUGCCCUACGCCGUCCUCACCAUCUUUCUGAUCAGAGGACUGACGCUGGAAGGUUCUUUAGAAGGAAUUAAGUUUCUGUUCACGCCUGAUUUGAACGAGCUCAUAAAUCCGAGCACAUGGCUGGACGCAGGAGCUCAGGUGUUCUACUCGUUCUCGCUGGCCUUCGGAGGGCUCAUCUCCUUCUCCAGUUAUAACUCUGUGCAUAAUAACUGUGAGCAGGACGCCGUGAUCAUCUCCAUUAUAAACGGAUGUACGUCUGUGUACGCCGCCACAGUGAUCUACUCCAUCAUCGGCUUCAGGGCCACAGAGCAGUUCAACGCUUGUCUCGAUGGAAACAUUCAGACGCUGAUGAACACGCUGGACCUGGCAGAAGGCUCCAUCACACGGAACAACUACACCGAAAGUUUACAGAGGCUCAACAGUUCAGACGUUUACCACCCGAUAAUCCAAGAGCUGAGCCUGUCCUCCUGCGACCUCCAGACGUUUCUGAGUGAGGGAGUGGAGGGGACAGGUCUGGCGUUCAUCGUUUUCACAGAAGCCAUCACAAAAAUGCCCGUCUCUCCACUGUGGGCCGUGCUGUUCUUCGUCAUGCUGUUCUGCCUCGGACUUUCCACCAUGUUUGGAAGUAUCGAAGGCGUAGUCGUUCCUUUGCAGGAUCUUAGAAUUUUCCCUAAAAACUUCCCGAAAGAGGCGCUCACCGGCAUAGUGUGUGCUGUAAGUUUCCUGAUCGCGUUGAUCUUCUCGAUGCGCUCGGGGGACUACUGGCUCGCUCUGUUUGACAGUUUUGCCGGUUCUGUCCCUUUGCUCAUUAUUGCUUUUUGCGAAAUGGUGGCUGUGGUCUACAUCUAUGGAAUUGACAGGUUCAACAAAGACAUUGAGUUCAUGAUCGGGCACAAGCCGAACCUCUUCUGGCAGGCCACGUGGAGAGUGGUCAGCCCUCUCAUUGUUCUGUUCAUCUUUGUGUUCUACCUCGUCAGUAAAAUCAGUUCUAAAUUGACUUACAUCACAUGGAAUCCAGCGUCGGAAAACUUCCCAAAGCUGGAGGAGUUGUCUUAUCCUGACUGGGUCUAUGUGAUCAUAUUCAUUCUUUCUGGAGCGCCGAGUCUGAUCAUUCCCGUGUUUGCUCUGUACAAGUGGCUCCAAAAAUGCAUCUGCAACAAAAACACACACAAAAUCCACUUUUAAUAUAAACACGUGUGACGCUUGUGUCUUUUCACUUGCACUUUAUAGUUGUGGUUUUCAGACUCUAAAAUUGGAUGAUGGUCAUACAUAGUCCAUGUUGUACUUUAUCGCGGGGAUUACGUUCUAAAAAUAACCCACAAUAGACGAAAUCCGUGAAGUAUCAGCUUUAUUUUUUACAUUAUUCUCUCUGUUUUUGUCUGUAAAACUCCUCACCACACACUUUAUACACUUUUCUCACACAGGCGUUAACAUUUUCUCACAUUUCUCUCUCGUUUAAACUCUCUCAAAGUUCAAACCUUCGUAGGCGUCUUUGUCGGUGCAGAACGUUUCAUCGACAUUGUGGGUUUUGUCGGGGAGAAAACAAAUUGCAAACGUACAGCACUUCAGAGUCACACUGAGAUCCAACGUUUAUGUAAAUUUGUAGGACACAGAACAGAGCAGUCUACAGUCCAACAGCCAAUCAGGACGCAGAACACAAUGCACGAUCAUACACUGUAAAAAUUUGACUAAAUAAUCAGCGAAACAGCGACACCACGAAAGGUGAACCGCGAUAUAGUGACGGACAACUGUAGCACUUUUCCACCAACAGUCUAAGCGGGGAAUCCCAGACUUCCCUCAACUCAGACUCUUCCUCCAGCUCCUCCGGUGAGACCCCAAGGUGUCCCCCCAAUGUGUCCAACAGGUUUGAUUGACAGCGUUGCUAAGCACCCGCUCCCUGCUAAACCAGCCUGUGCGGGCGGGAAGGGGCGUUACCUUCAACGGCCUCGCUCUGGAUUGGCUCUUUGGUUGCUAUGAUACUCAUGGUUGGAAUUAAAAUGAUGAAACACGCCUACAAAUUGGCUACUAUAACUGCUAGCGUCGAUUAGCUUCACUUGACUGGAGACGAACGCUGUGGGUGAAGUCAAACUCACUUAGUCCACUUCUUUAUACAGUCUACAGAACUCAUACUUAUAAAACUUAUAAUGAUAUUCAUUUUGGCUGCCCCCAUCUGUAUUAAAUAUAAUUGCCCAAUAGAAUGUUGUGAUGUCGCCUGAAACCCACCAAUAAGACACAAGAUAACCAAUACUAUUAAAAAGAAUUUGGACUUUUUUAGUUAUGAUUUUCUUUAAUGAUCUUUGAUGUUUAGACCAACUGACUGUCAAAUCAUGUUCAUUUUCUUUUGUGUAAAAAUGCACCAUAUGACCGUGUUGUGUGUUUUAUCCUUGAACUGUUUUCACGUUUUGUCGCUCUUAUCAGUUACACAUGUCCGCAGGUCUAUAGACAUGCACAAGUUUAUAAUGUCUAUGAUGAUAAACCACACAAUGGCUCCUAAGAUACAAGCGGGAACAUUAAAAAGACUCAAACGAUUACCGGCCUUAACUUAACUACGAACGAGCUAGAAAAAAGCGCGUCAUCUCCCUCUAUGGGCCUGAACAACGCAACUGCCAAAUCCUUAGUUACUUAUUAUAAUAAACGGAUAAAGUGAUUAGAUUAGACUAACCUCAC